ACUAAUACAGGCUCCUCUCUUUCUACCGUCCCCCUCCCGCCAUCGUCAAAUCAACUGUAUAUAACGUAUCGUGCACAAAAUUUCUAUAAGUGCUCUAUAGUUAUAUAGCUAAUGUCCAGUACCAUGCGUAUUAUCGGACGCUGGUAUAAAUUACAUAUCCAUUCUCCGCGUGUGUUCCAGUGAAUCUUAUAUGUACAAACAGAUUAGUAAAUAAAAAGCAACGAUAGGGAAUGUUGGCUUAUCAACAUUAACGUUUGUACUGCAAAAUUUUCAUUCCACCUUAAUGAACUACAGGAAAGAUUAUUGAAUACAAAACAUCAUUAACAAACAAGCGAGAAACCAAAAAAUCAAAUUUUCACAAAGUAAUCAGUGUUUGGUUGCCUCGGGUUUUCAGUCGUGUUAUUGCUAUAUACGUCAUUAUAUCAGACCUUGUGAAAUAAACAACGCCAAAAUAUGGCUGGGUUUACGGAAGGUGCGCUUGUAAAAAAAUUGAUGGAGUUAAAUCCGUCGCAGCAAAGUAUACAAACCCUAUCGCUUUGGUUAAUUCAUCACAGAAAACACCACGCAACCAUCGUCAAAGUGUGGUUCAAGGAGCUUUGUAAAGCCAAAGAUAACCGGAAGCUCAUGUUCAUGUAUCUGGCAAAUGAUGUUAUACAAAAUAGCAAAAAGAAAGGUCCAGAAUUUGGUAAAGAGUUCGAGACUGUACUUCCAAAAGCAUUUGAACAUAUGAAACGCUUUGAUGAUAAAACAAAAGAAAAACUUGGUAGACUUUUACAUAUAUGGGAAGAAAGAGGUGUAUAUGACAAAUUACAAAUAACUGCUAUCAAAUCAGCGUUUAACUCUAUGAGGGACUAUAACAGAAAACCUGGAACACCUCCACCUAGAAAGAAGUCUAAAAUUGACAAUGAAAAGAAAAAAGAAAGAAAGAAGUCAGAGACUGAAGUAGAAGUGGAUGGUACCAAAGAAUUACAUGUAACUUUGAGUCCUAGAACGCCAGGUGGUGACCCACCAGAGACAGAAGAAUUGAUCAAAGCAUUAAUGGAUCUUGAAAACACAGCAUCCUCUGAUGCAGCUGUGAGAGAGCGUAUAGCCUCCCUACCUCCUGAAGUAUCUGAGGUAUCACUUCUCGCAAAUUUGGCAGAUCGUUCAGCUGCAGAUCAACUCAGUGUUGCUGUUAAUGAAGCAGCAACUCUUCUUGCUGAUUACAAUGGUCGAUUGCAGGCUGAAAUGGAAGACAGAAGAAGACUACUUGCCAUGCUUAGAGAUUAUACAAUAGCACAGCGUCAGUUGCUACAACAAGCUCAGUCAACAUUAGAGGACUACAAGGAAAAAUUGAAAAAGAUAUGUGCUGUUAGAGCUGAAGUGAAGUCUCACAUUUCAAAUCUUCCAGAUUUAACACAACUUCCAGAUGUUACAGGAGGAUUAGCUCCAUUGCCUUCAGCUGGGGAUCUUUUCUCCCUGCACCAUUAAACAAAUUAAUUUUGUAAUUAAGUAGCUUUGAUUGAGUAUAACUUCAUUAUGAAGUUGUUAGUUUUGUAAUGUUGAAUGACGUAUUCGGGGAUAACCCUAUAUCAAAAAUGUAUAAGCUAUUUACAUUUUCUUUUCUCUUUCUCUUUUUUGUUUUGUUAUUCAAGGAAGUAUGUUUCUUUAACAAAUAUAUAAUUUUUACCAUGAUGAUAGAGUGAUUUUUAAAAGGUUGAUCCUACUAUUAAUAUGAAAAGCAUAUGUUAUUGAAUUCGAUAAUAACUAAACGGUUAGCAUGUGGCAUAAACGCAUGCAAUGUAAAUGAAUUGUGUGUAUUUAAUAUAAAAUCACUACUUGAAAACUAUGUAGUUGAUACAUGAGAUUUGCAAGAUAAAAACAAGUGUUUUUAACACUUAUGAAAGUAGAUGAAAAUUGAUAUAAAAGAUUAGUUUAUUGUUUAACAAUUAAGUAUUUGCACCUAGAAAUGUCAUAGUUUCAAGAAAAUAAUCUUACAAUAUUCAGAAUUUUCUUUUGUAUCAAUUUUUAUACACUCUGUAAUAUAUCAGAGUUUCAAAAAUUGUGUAGAAUUCUUCUAUUAUGAUGUUUUUAAAUCUAUCAUAUUUUGGUAUUUGCCUUGUAAAUAUGUUAGUUAAAUUCAAUAAUCAGGAAAUGAAGUUUAUUUUAAUUUUCAUAUGUGUAUAAGCAUUUUAUUUUCCCGAAAUAAUUAUGCUUAAUUAUGUUCAAUAUUUUUUCUUUAAAGUUGA